AUGGCUCGCAAGGCACGACAGCGUAUCAGCUAUGUCCUGCCUCUCGCCAACGCUGCGGGCGGCCACAGGCUAGGCGUCAACGGUCUCGCCGUCGAUCAGACCAACUUACUGCUCUACUCUGGCGGCCGCGACGGUGUCAUAUGCGCCUGGGACGUCAACCUCGACCUCGAGAAUGCGAAGCCACCUGCCCACGGUGCGAAGCUACCAGCCUCCCCCGCGACCACCUUUCGACAGCAAGUCCAGGCGCAUACACACUGGAUCAACGACAUUGCGCUGGCUCAGUCCAAUCAGGCGCUGAUUUCUGCCUCUUCAGAUAUCACUGUCAAGCUUUGGCGACCCUCAGCAAGCGAUGGCCUUCCCCCACAGACGCUGGGAUUGCAUAGCGACUAUGUCAAGACUCUUGCUGUGCCGUAUUCGACAUGCGACUGGGUGGCCAGUGGUGGCCUCGAUAGAAAGAUCAAGGUGUGGGAUCUGAGUGGUGCUGGGGAGAGAUUGAGCAUAGACAUCGACGCUGAUGAGGCUGCCAACAUGUCUGCUAAAGAGAAGGGCAGUGUCUAUGCGCUGGCAGCAACCAACUCGCUACUCGCUAGCGGAGGUCCUGAGAGUACAGUGAGAGUAUGGGAUUGCCGAACAGGGAAGCGCGUGACGAAACUGGUCGGACAUACGGACAACAUCAGAGACAUACUGGUCAGCCAAGACGGAUCCACGAUCAUGACUGCCAGCAGUGAUCACACCGUGAAGGUGUGGAGCACAAUAGCAGGUCGUUGCAUGUUCACUUUGACCAUGCACGAUGCCAGCGUCUGGUCAUUGGCGUCUUCUGAUCCUGAUCUGUCCAUCUUCUACUCCAGUGACAAGAAUGGCCUCAUCGCGAAGACUGACACGCGGAACACCAUCGAAUUGGAUGAAGGCUUGUCGGUAGCUGUCUGCCAGGAACACGAGGGCGUACACAAAGUCGUCACUGCCGGUGACAGCAUUUGGACAGCGACCAGCAGACCAAGUAUUAAUCGAUGGUUAGAUGUCAACACUGACAACCUCGAGAUUGAAGUUCCCGAGAACUACAACACUCACAGACUCAGCUCUGCUACUGCCAGGGCAAGAUAUCCCAGUCCGCCAAACCAGCGAGAAAUGACGCCCAGUCCACCUCCACAGUUGGCUUCUGGCAAGCGAAAGAUACCUUUGAAGCAUGUUCUUCGAUUGAGCAAUACAGCUUAUUUCCCAACGCCUUUGGUCGAGGCAGAGUCGAAUUCUCCCAACGCGAGAAGGGCAACUCUCGAUACGACAACUCCAGAAAUUGCUGCGAUGCAACCUGUCCGCAGCCACCCAGAUUUCUCUGUCGAAGGGCAGAAUGGGCUUAUCAAGCAUGUCAUGCUCAACGAUAGGAAACGAGUACUAACGCUAGAUACCGCAGGCGAGGUGGUUAUGUGGGAUUUGCUCAAGUGUGUGCCGAUCCGAUCGUUCGGAAAGCGUCAUUUGGAAGAUGUCAAAGACGAGGUCACAACACCUGCAAGCGUGGCAAACUGGUGCACCGUCGAUACGAGAACGGGGAGUGUGGCGGUAAUACUGGAAGAGAAUACUUGCUUCGACGCCGAGAUGUAUGCCGACGAACUGGAUUUGGAUGACGGCGUCGAGUUUCGAGAAGAUCAGCGCAUCAACCUUGGCAAGUGGGUGUUGAGGUACCUAUUCAAUAAUUUAAUAUCGGAGGAGAUCAAACGGGACAAUGUCUUUCGAAGACAGUUGCUGAAUACUCGGGAAGAGCAAAGGUUACAGCGAGACAACGCACCAUCAAGCAUACAAAUACCCGAGUCACAGGCCAAUGGGUGGCAUCCUACCUCUUCAGCGACAGCCACAACACCAAGAGCCAUCUCGAACGGGACUUCCAAAGUGCCGAAUACCCCCGGGUUCAACAUUGGCCUUGCCACGCCAGGAGGGACAGCAUCGCCCGCGCUGACUAGAGCUCAGAUCCCGACGACUGUAGACGAGGGCGCACCGUUAGAGCCAACGCUGUCCUCGCAAUCGCACCGGCAAUCUACCGAUAAAACGGCAGACUACUUCUCGACAUCAAGAGUACCCAGCGCAGAACUCACGACCCCUGCAGGCACUUCACAACCCGCAACAACGCCGAACGAAGGCCAGGAGCCGCCAACACCAUUGAACGAGAAUGCACCCAAAGAUGGCACAACUCCCGGUAAGGAGGGGCUCUUUGGAAAGAAGUUCCGUAUGAACAUGUUCAGCGGCAUGAAGAAGAUGGGACGGACGCAGACAAAUGAUAAGCCGGCUAUUGUGGAAGAGAAGGGAGAAAACGAAAGCGACUCUCGAUCGAGUCGAACCAGCACCAGCCGAAUUGUUGAUGAGAACCUGCUUGGCACUGUUCAAAAGAUUCGCUUUGCGUAUGAGGACUCUCUUCAACAGCAGAUCCAGAAUCAGCAGGCGCACGAAAAUGGGUUGCCCGUCCCCGCAUCAACCAUCGACAUACCCACCGCCAUCACCCCUUCGUUACCAGCCGACACACCUGUCUUGAAACCACCUCCGAACACAACCAUCCUCAUCCAAGAAGAUCGACCAGAAGCUGGCGGCGUAGCAGAUCUCUUCGAGGGGACCGUGGGCGCACUUGGAGAGAUGACCGACAUCGUCGAGAAAACCGCACCAAUGUGGCUGGGCGAAGUACUGCUCCGGAAUCAGCUUCCAGUGAAGGACAUUGUUAAGAUCAGUUUCAUCCUGGAGCCGGGACAGGGCAGCGGCUUGCCCAGUAUCGCCAGCGAUGGGAACAACCGGUUGAAUGCUAACCGCAUGCUACGGGCGAGGAAGAUCCUGGCGUAUAUUGCUGAGCGAAUUGAACCCGCACCGAGCAAGGAAGAGGAGGAGAAGGGGAGGAUGAAGCCGGAGGAGUAUUUGGAGUUGUGGUGUCAGGGACAGGUCGUCCCACCAACUACGACCCUCAUGUCCGUAAGAACGCAUCUGUGGAGAGGCGGCGGAGACGUCAUUCUGCACUACAAAGCCAACGGCAAGAAGGUCAUCGCUCAUGUUGCCGUGCCCGAGUCGUCAGGAUACCCACCGACAACAUCAAGCGAAGACGCCAGAGCUGGUGCAGUGUAG